AUGUCAACUUACAUCUCACGGCUAAAAGCGAUGGGCAGCGGGUCUACCUCUCAGCCCGAGCAGAAAAGCAGUGAUGAAUCGCUAGCGCACGGCGAAGUGAAUUACGUGACAGAGCUAGAUGUGGGUUCCAAACGACUGGGCAUCUUCUCGUGCAUUGGACUCAUCUGCAACCGUAUGCUGGGGACCGGGGUGUUCGCGGUGUCGUCCACAAUCUACACGCUGUGUGGUUCUAUCGGGUUGGCCCUGAUCAUGUGGGCCGCAGGCGCUAUCAUCGCCAUGUCCGGUCUGUACGUGUACCUGGAGUUUGGCAGCGCCAUCCCACGUAACGGUGGGGAGAAAAACUACCUCGAGCACAUCUUCAAGAAACCCCGGUUUUUCAUCACCUCCAUGUACGCAUCCUACGUGUUUUUCCUCGGCUGGGCCGCCAGUAACUCUGUGAACGCCGCUGUGAUGUUUCUCACCGCUGCUGAUGUGGACAUCACAACCUGGAAGCAGCGAGGUGUUGCGCUCGGCGUUUUGACGUUCUGCUUCGCCGUCAACGCUGUCAACGUCAAGCUCGGUCUUUACAUCCAAAACGUACUCGGCAUCUUCAAAGUCGGUAUCGUCAUAUUCAUCAGCGUCACCGGUUGGGUCGUCUUGGGCAAAAAAGACCUCAGAACCGACAAUUUCCACAACGCUUUCGAAGGUACCGGAAACGCUACCGCUUACGGUGUAGUUAAUGCACUCUACAACGUCAUCUGGUCCUUCAUUGGCUACUCGAACGUCAACUAUGCGUUGGGAGAAGUCAAGAACCCAGUUCGCACUUUGAAGAUCGCCGGACCUGUAUCGAUGGUCUUUUUGGCCAUUGUGUACAUUUUUGUGAACAUCGCUUACUUCGCCGCAGUGCCCAAGGAUAAACUAAAGUCCUCAAAACUGAUCUUGGCUGCUGACUUUUUCGACAUUGUGUUUGGCGGACAAGCCAAGAAGGCGGCUUCAGUUAUUGUAGGAUUGAGUGCUGUGGGGAAUGUCAUGUCCGUGAUUUUCUCUCAAGGCAGAAUCAUUCAACAAUUGGGUCGUGAAGGCGUUCUCCCAUUUUCCAGUUUCUUUGCCACGUCGAAACCAUUUGAUUCACCUUUGGUUGGUCUUUUGCAACACUUCAUUGUCUGUGUGGUCACCAUUAUAGCACCACCUCCAGGGGAUGCCUAUAAUUUCAUUCUAAACCUCAUCUCCUAUCCUAUGAAUGUUAUUAAUUUCGCGGUUAGCGCCGGUCUACUUUGGAUAUAUUGGCAACGUCGUCAAAACAAGAUUGAGUGGAACCCCUCGAUUCGGGCAGGCGUCAUUAUUACGACUUUCUUCAUGCUUUCAAACAUUUAUUUGGUGGUGGCUCCUUACGUACCGCCUUCCGAUGGAGGCGAACAAGUCUACAGCUCACUUCCUUAUUGGACACAUUGCGUUGUUACAUGGGGAAUCUUCGCCAUUGGUGCCAUCUACUGGCUAGUAUGGUCCCGUAUCCUACCUAAGAUUGGAAAAUACGAACUAUUAGCCGUUGAGGUGGUGGGUGAGGAUGGAUUUUGGAGAAAAGAGAUCAUCAAGAGAAAACUUGGUGCCGAUGAUGAUUACGCUACUGAGAACGUAGAGGUCAACUAUACUGCGACCGAAGUAAAAACCGAAUCGGACAAGAACUUGUAA